AUGGCCUCAAACAGGCUCCUAGAGCUUGGCUUUACAAAGUAUCUAGAGAUCACUGGUUUUGUUCCCUCUAAAGUUGAUGCUUCGUUGUUCAUCAAGGUUUCUGGUGCAUUGAUCAUGUAUGUGCUCGUGUAUGUAGAUGACAUCAUAGUUACUGAAAAUCAGUCAGUUGAAGUGGGUGUUUUUGUUAAGUCCUUGGAUCAGCAAUUCUCUUUGAAAGAUUUGGGGAAGUUGCAUUACUUUAGCUCAACUAGUUUAUUUUUAAACCAAAGGAAGUAUAUUAAGGACUUGCUAAAAAAGUGUAACAUAGAGCCUUCAAAAGCCUCUUCUACUCCUAUGGUUUCUACAUGCAACUUAUCAGUUCCUUGUGGAAGUCCAAUUGAUAAUGAUUUUGAUUAUCGAAGCAUUGCUGGUGCCCUUCAAUAUAUUGUCAUUACUUGGCCUGAUAUUGCCUUUACUGUUAACAAAGUGUGUCAGUUUAUGCAUAAGCCGCUGGACUAA